UUGAAAACAUCAAACAUGAACGUAUCGCGAUCGAAAAAUGAACAAUUUGACAUUAAACGUGUGGAAGAUCUUGCAGCACAAGUAGUAGCUGAAACCUCAGAUCGUAAUGUACCACUGUUACUUUUAGGAUUACAAGUGCUGCGUUCAAAUUACUUACUUCAAAUGCUCAUUACUGAUGAUAAGGAGACAUCAAUUGUACUGAUGGGACUUAUUCAAAAUUCUGUAAGAGUUAAUGUAUUGGUUCUUCAGUCCUUAUCAGAUAAAGUUGUAUUUAGUUUAUUGGACGAAAUGAUUUACAAACUGUCAGCCUUCAGUGAUGCAGAGGUUGGUGCAGCAGCCACGAGGGCACUUGUCAACAUUGCAGAUGUGUAUCCUCCUCUUAUACAACUUCUGUAUAAUCGUUACAAGGGACUACGACCACUCUUGAAUCGUUGGACAGGGAGAGGAUUUGGUCGUGAUCUGAAGAAGUUGCUGGCUCUGCUUGAUGCUGGCUCUGAGCACCAGGCCCAGUUGUUGCGACUUCAUCGGGCUGCAGUAACUAUCCAAGCAAUCUGGAAGGGCUACAAAGCAAGAAAGCAGCUUAAAAAAGCCGACACUGCUUUUACUAAUCUCCAAAAAAACUUCCGUGCCAAGCAAGAAGUCCGUGAUCGCAGAAUGGAUAAAAAUCGCAGAGAGCGUGAGCUUCAUCAUCAACUACUGGUUGCAAGGCGUCAAGCAUUAAGAAACUCACGGCAGAAACAACUUGACAUGAUUGCGGCUCUUCAUCCAAGUGAUGUUAAUCAGUACCUUGAAAAAGCCCAGGUCAAUGCAGCAGUCAAGAUCCAAGCUCAUUGGAAAGGUUACCAAGAGAGACAACGACUUGGUCUAAGAAAGGCCUCAGCUAAACAGGUCAAAGCAGCAAUGAUAAUCCAAUCAUAUGUUAGGAGAUGGUUGAAGCAACGUGAAAAUGAUCGAAUGGAAUUGAGCCUUUGGAAGAUGCCACCUGGUUUAACAGAUGACAGGAGGGUGGAAUUACAGGUGGUGAUUGACAAGUACAGAGAAAACCAUCCACCAAAACGACGUAGUCGCGAAAAGAUGGAGGAGCUGCAUUCACAAGCACACGAGCUUUUAUCAAAGCAUUUGAUGCUACGUGGAGUAGACAGGAAGAAAAACCAAAGAAGACAAGCAUUGUUAGCGACACUUGAAACUGACGCAGAUCUUAUCAUAAAUGCCCCCAAGCUCCAAGAUGCCACAGAACGCAACCUACAUCAGUUCACUAGUCAGUCACGUCCGGUUGCCGCCAAGGCAAAAGCCGACCAUGAUGUCAUCAUGCAAUCACUGCAGCAACCUUGGUGGAAGAAAUUCCACUUGGAAGAGAAGACGGAAGAAGAAAUUGAGCAAGAGUACGGAGAAUUCAGGAUAUUAUAGCAAGAGCGCCAUCAUGGCACUUUUUUUUAAAAAUUAAAAUGUAUAUUGCUUAAAUAUGGUACAGUACAUAACAUUCCUUUUGUGCAAUAAAGCUAUUUUUAUAUGCUCUGUAAA